AUAAUAUUUCCUUUUUAAGUUCAUGCCGUCACUUGCGAUCAUUUCUUUUAAGCCUUAGAAAUGUAAAGAAUCGAUCAAAGACGAUGGAAUUAAAACAAAAUGUCAGUCGUUUGUGGACUGGCCUCUUAUUUGACCCCUGUUUUGGAGCAUUUGUCUUUAUAUCAUACCUGUGAAAUUUUGAUGCAAUGAUUUACGAUUGCCACUGUCUUGACCUAUUGGAAGACAACAUAUUGUUUGAAAGCUUACUGUAAUUAUUUCUAACUGUGAAGUUAUUUGUGAUGUGAAUGUUGGGAAAUGUAGAUAGAUUAGUUACCUGAUGGGCAUAUGAUACCAUGCCAAUCUGAUCAUCAGAAUAUUGCAUUCUGGGGAGGGAUUCCAGGACAGUUGGAGCUCAUGACUGUAGCCGAGAUGCUCUUCAAGGUGGGUGUGGUAUACUGCCUUUAAAUGGGUUCUUUCUGGCGAGAACUGUCUGAUAUCCAUGUUUGCUGAAUCUUAAUAUAAGGGGAAUAUUUUUUUUUAAACCUCUGUAAACCUACAAUUUUUUUACGUUUAAAGAGAAACAGAGAAACAUCAAAAUAACUUGGAUACGUUAGAGAUGCAAUUUCUGUCUCCCUAAAUCUCCGAUCAGACUUUUAACUUGUAACGUUUGACCUGAAAUUGUACAUUUUUGUUGUAGAGAUUUUUUUUAAAGGUAAGUGUCUAUAAACAUGAUAGAGAAGACUUUUCCCUGCAAAAUGUGAGGUUUUUUCUGCUUACAGCUACUCUUAUAGAUUCCAGUGACAGAGGGAAGUGGUUAGAAGAGACAGAAACAGAUACCACAAACGACCCAGAGGGGGGGGUGGAUCCAGGCUAAUUAAAAUGCGCACAAUAAAAAGGGCAGAAAUAGAUCAACAGUACUAUUCUGAUCAACUUCCCGCUUCGAUGACAUCGUUUACUGGUUAUAUCGUCAUCAAAAGACCGGAACAUAACCAGUUUAUCUCUGACAAUAAGCACAGAUCCAAAACAGCAUGCUGGCACAUGAGAUCUCACCGACCAAGAAGUCAUAGUAUUUUGUAUAUCUGUCAUAUUUCAUAUAGUCAUUAAGCGAUAAUUUUCUUCGCCUCCAGAGGACUGUGGAAGAGUGGUGAUUGUUCAGAUUUUAACACGAUAUAUACGGAUCUAGUCGAUUGGUCGAGUUGUGUUUUGGUAUACUAAUGGAUAUACUGUGGAACCUUAAUCUGAAAUAAAGAAAAGAAAAGCCUUCACAAUUUACUUCAUUUGAGAACAAUAAUUUUGGCGCAAACUCGUGAAUGUGUACAACAAACUUCCAAUUAUGAAAUCAUUUUGUUUAUUGUUUGUAAUGAUUUUGGAAACGAAUUUAUGGCUUUCUUCAGACGGAUACUAUAUUUCAGGUUUUGCCCUUGUGGAUGGGAGCUCUACUCAUGAAGGACGUAUUGAAGUCAAGGUCAAUAUUGAUGAGGAGGAUGAAUAUGGAGUCUUAUCGGACAUUGGCUGGACAAUUGACACAGCAGAUCGGGUUUGUCAGAUUGUAGGCUUUCCCAAUGCUAUUUUUGCCCCUGGUCAUUCGAGAUUUGGCAGGGGGCAACACUCGAAAGUUUUCGGAAUUGAAGAUAUCCCAAACAAUGUUACACUGGUUUGUGUAUAUGAGGGAGACAGUGAUGACGAAAGCGGAGAAUCUGUUGCUGACUGCAGCCAGGUGAACGUACAGACCGCAGGUGUUACAUGUAAUAAACCCAAAUGUUUUCGAAUUCCCGGUCCCGAACGGAAUAGUGUCAAAAUAAUAGAAGAAAAUGGAAAAAGAACCAACGAAGAAUGUCUGCUGCUAUGUCAGGGAGAUGGAACUCUCUUUGCUGCACAGAGAGACGAAAUGUGUUUCUGCUUCAAUGACUCUUCCGUUUUAAAUGAUGCAGAUGAGGGUUGCAACAGGCCAUGCACUGGUAAUGAUAGACAGCUAUGUGGUAGGGGACGAGAUGUGUUUACAGUUUUUAAUGUAUAUGUAGGAUUCUGCCCCGAGAUCUCUGGCGUCAAUCUGAACGUAUAUGGAAGGUACCGAUUUGGUGACAUAGUGAGGGCGAAUUGUAGUGGUGGCAAACAGCUGAUGGGCGAUGCUGUCUUGCAAUGUGUUGGCGGACCUGAUGUAUUUCAAUGGAAUGGUACCAUUCCGACAUGUGUAGAUGGUUCCACAGUAGGACCAAUAGUUACCAUUUCUCCAAUAACUCGGCCUAUAGGAAUGGGUACAACACUCACACCAACAGGUACAGGAGGUGAAAUAAUGACAGAUAUUUCACCAACCAUGUCAACGGUAAGCGGUAUGGGGAUGGGAGCCAGAUCGGACUCCAAAUCUUUAGCUGUUCCAAUAACUGUGUCUGUUAUCAGUGUGGUGAUUAUAGCGGUUCUUGCUACAUCCAUAUUCUUCUACUUCAACAGAAUGAGAAAGACAGAAUCUGAUAUGAAACCAGAACCGACGCGUCGAGAAUCGGAGUUCAACAACAAGAGUUAUAGUAUGCACAAAAUUCCCAACAACGAUGGGCCAAGUUACUAUGAAGUUAAACCAAAUACACUUGCACCAGACACAAUUAUAGGUACUGAUGGUCUCAUAGACAAUGUCCUGUACAAGCCAGCCGAUGAUGUCCGAAGAGAUACGAAUGAACAACCUGAUAAGGGCUCAUCGCAAAAUCCAUCUCAGUACGGACUGAUUGACAAUAUUUUGUACAAACCGGCCGAUAAUAUCCGAAGAGAUCCGAAUCUACAGAAACACAAUCAGACUUCACCAAAUGACACACCUCGCUAUGGACUCAUAGACAAUGUUCUUUACAAACCAGUCGAAAACGCGGGAAACACACAAAUUCAUGCAUCGGAUAACUUUCGGCAAUCACCGAACGGCAACGAUCUUCCACCGAAUGAUUCCGAGUAUGCAUACCCAGACGGAGAAACAUCUCGAGGCUUUCAUCAAGAAGGAAAAAUGAUUGAUAACAUACUCUACAAACCUGCUGAUAACCAAACAAGACAACCUGAUUUUGCUUCAAGAAAAUACUAUGAAAUCAAACCAGGAUUUACUCCUGUCGAUUACGAAGGAGCAGAUCCUCUAUUUUCAGGGAACAUUGUUACGGACGGACCAAGGUAUCAUGACAUCGAACCUCAGUCAGCACCCACUCCGUCACGUACCAAAUUCACUGGAUACGACUCUGUACACGGCAUCGACGACGAUGCUUCAGAGCUUACGACCUCAGAUCGUAGUGGUCAGCGACUUGUAGUUCGCUCAGAUGACCCGACAUCAACGAGUCAUGAAUACAUCGAUGUUGAUAUCGAUGGGGACUUCGCAUCAAAGAAUCCUUCUACAUAUGUUGCUACUUCUUCCUUUGAAAAGAACAAACCCUUUCCUCGCUACGCCACUGUGCAGAAGAAGUCAUAAACCAUUUCAAAUUCUGCGCUAGUGGAGUAGAAGCCUUGCAAAGUUUUACUCUUCAUUGAAUAAUGUACCUUUCACAAUAUGAGAAUAUUAAUAAUAUUAAUAAUAAUGAUAUUGAAAUUAUUAAAUUCAUAAAAACAAUAGUGGCGUAACUACGGCGGGCAUGGGGGGCACGUGCCCCCCCCCCCAAAAAAAAAAAAAAAAAAAAAAACGGGGGAAAAGGAGAAAAAGAGGGAGAAAGAAGGAGAAACGUAUAGUGGAGGAAGAAGAAAUUAUUGUAUAUAUUAUGUU